AUGCUUAAGUGUCGUGUUCUCUCCGACAAAAAUCCCAAGUUCAGAAGUCAACCUGACGUCGGAAUUACUUUCAAUAACAACAAGGAUUACGUUGUCUUCAAGACGCACUCUGUUGCUGUUGAGUUUCUGGCAUUUUAUGUCGAGAUCUUUUCUGAAGAGGGAAAAAGAAUUGGUGCGUGCUAUGCUUUACCGUCGUCACUGUCCGAUUCAUGUGGUCUCUCACAACUGCCAUUCAUCAACUCAUCAGGAAGACCUAUUGGACAAAUCACUGUGGAGUAUCUUUUCGUGAGAAACCUCCGUCGGCCCAUUCCUCCGCAGAAUAUGGAAGUUUCAUACAGUAGGCAUUGGAAGAAGAGAAAUACGAUAGAAGUUGGCCAUCGUGGUGCAGGAAACUCCUUUACUAAGUUAGUCCUUUUUCCCAAUCAAAAAAUGAAUUUAGGCGCGAUGUGUGAAAUCAAAAGAAAACUUAGAGUAGAUACAUGUUUGCUACAGUAGCA